AUGGUGGUUUCAAACAAGAUGCAGAAAUCAGUAAUGGUGGUUGUCGACAUGCUCUUUCAUCAUAAACUCUACAAUCGUUACAUCAAGAGCACCUCCAAAUUCAUGGCUCACGACGAGCAGAAUGAGUAUGUCAAGGUGACUGUAACUUUGAAUGGGCAGUUAGAGAUUGCCGGUAGGGUUAUCAAGUAUUUAAUCCAAGUUUCAUCAGUUACUGAUCAUGUUGGGGUGCAAGACUCAGGUGCCAAAGAGGAUGAUUUUGAUGAUGACGAUGGUGGUGGUCUGGUGAGUUAUGAAAGUGGUGCGCUAAAUGGAGUAGCUUUAGGUCAACAGGCUGGUCAACAGGUUGUUACCUUACCCUUACCUAUGAUUGGACAAGCUGCCAUUUCUGUUGCACUUAUUCCAACAAUUGUGGUGUCAGAGCCUAUUGGAAUCCCCAGUGAAUGUCUCCUCUUGAAGAAUAUGUUUGAUCCGACAAUGGAGAUGGACCCAAAGUAUGAUUUGGAAAUCAAAGAUGAUGUUCAGGUAGAAUGUUCCAAAUAUGGUCCAGUUCUGCAUAUUUAUGUUGACAAUGCUGGUUAUGUAUUUCUUCGAUUCGAAACCAUUCAAGCUUCUGCAGCUGCUCAAGCAGCAAUGCAUAAGAGGUGGUUUGCACGCAAGAUGAUCUUAGUAGUAUUUUUGAUGAAAGCCAUUGAAAAACUUGUCAAGGGGGGAAAGAAAUUGACUUAG